AUAACAUAAUUCAGAAAGUGAAAUGCCAUUUUAACAGCACACGUGGCUCUCGAGCCAAGGCCAACUGGGAGAAGGUUGAGGAGCAGCUGAAAUUCCAGCCCCCAGUCCAGCUGAAGCUGGAGGACACAGUGCUGCUGAAUGGGAUGACCAAUGGUGGGCACACAGGUGUUCAUGUGGAGGUUGCCCCUACUUACAGAAUGCAGCCUGUGACACCUCUGGGGAUCCUGUCACUUGUUCUGAAUAUCAUGUGUGGAGCUUUGAACCUCAUCCGAGGAGUUCAUCUGGCAGAGUAUUCAUUCCAGGAGGACCAUGAAGGAAUUGGGAAUGUGAUAGCUUUUUUUCUACCUUUUCUAGCCUGUGUUUUUCAGUGUUACUUGUACCUCUUCUACAGCUCAGCAAGGAAGGUGAAGACAUUUGUCCUCCUUCUCUGUGUUUGUUUCUGCAACAUCUACCUGUAUGGAUUACGGAACCUCUGGCAAAUAGCCUUCCACAUAGGAGUGGCUUCUCUGUCUUCUUCCCAGAUCCUGAUGAGGCAGCUCAUGGAGAAACAGCCUGACUGUGGUGUAUGA